UACAUUAGCUGCCGUGGCCGGUCACGUGGUACACGGCCGAGGCGGUCAUGUGACUGUGAUGUCACCAAGGUCCUUCCAGACCAGGUGCCGAUGAGCAGCCACUGCUGGAGCCGGAGCCGGGACACCUGUAGAGUCUAAAGUUCUGUGGUUACAGAAAUAAAAUGCUGCUGAAGCCGGUUAUUACAAAACUGGCAGGAAAACGGGUCGUGCUGGCCAGCGCAUCGCCUCGGAGGCAAGAUAUACUUUCCAAUGUGGGCCUACGUUUUGAAGUGGUUCCAUCUUGGUUCAAAGAGACCCUUGACAAGUCCCAGUUUUCUGCUCCAUAUGAAUAUGCUGUUGAAACUGCUAAACAAAAGGCACUGGAGGUUGCGAGGAGAAUGCACGUGAAGCACCUAAAAACUCCUGAUAUAGUCAUUGGAGCAGACACCAUAGUGACUCUGAAAGGAGCAAUCCUUGAGAAGCCUUGUGACAAACUAGAUGCUUACAAUAUGCUAUCAAGGUUGAGUGGUAAAGAACAUAGCGUCUUUACAGGAGUUGUAAUCGUGCAUUGCAGAAGUAAAGAAGAAAACCAUUUGGAAACUGAUAUCAUUGAUUUUUAUGAAGAAACAAAAGUUAAGUUUGCAGACCUGUCGGAGGACCUCCUGUGGGAGUAUAUUGACAGUGGAGAGCCAAUGGACAAAGCUGGAGGCUAUGGCAUUCAGUCUCUCGGAGGGAUGCUGGUAGAAAGUGUGCAUGGGGAUUUCCUAAAUGUGGUCGGAUUUCCCCUGAAUCACUUUUGUAGAAAACUGACUGAAAUCUACCACCCUCCACCCAAACAAGCCAUCCACAGAGUGAAGCAUGAUUCCAUUCCUUACGUUGAGAGUUUUGAGAACCUCAGUGAUGUAGAAGAAGAUUGCACCUCUACCAGCAAGACCUGCGAGGCAAAGAAAGCGGUUCAAGAUGGUGUUUGUAAGGCCGGUGGUUCAGGAUCCGCCGGGCUUCAGAAUGGGAUCGAAGAAAGGCCCGUCCACUGUGCUCAGCAACUGUCCAAAAUAACCCAACUCCUUGAUGGUUUUAAGGCUUCUCAGAUAUUGUUUGCAGCAUCUAAACUGAAGGUCUUUGAUAAGUUGAAAGAUAAAGGUGCGCUGAAGGCCAUGGAAAUUGCGGAUAAGAUUAAUGCUUCUGUACAUGGAGCUGAAAGGCUUCUUGAUGCUUGUGUUGCCCUUGGCCUGCUGGAGGAAACUCAUCAAGUUUACAGCAACACUGAACUUGCCAAUACGUACCUGGUUUCUGAUGCUGAAUUUUCCAUCCAUGAUUACAUCACAUACUGCAGUGAGCAUUUAUGUUCCCAUUUCACACAUCUGGACUCUGCAGUAGUAGAAGGUGGAGGCCAACAUCGAACCGCUGUUAAGAAAGCAUGUGACAACAUAAAUGGAUGUGAAGUCAAGGAACGCUUCAUGAGGGCAAUGCACUGUAUGCUUAAAAUCACUGCAAGAGAUAUAGUUACAGCAUUUGACCUUUCUAAGUACAGUUCCGCCUGUGAUCUAGGAGGUUGUACCGGUGCUCUUGCUCAUGAGCUAGUCUGGACAUACCCAGAAAUGAAAGUCAAUGUAUUUGAUCUGCCUGAAGUUAUUAAACAUACUUCCCAAUUCCAACCGGAGAGCUUUGAUUCCAGUCGUGUGACAUUUAGUUCAGGUAACUUUAUGGAAGACACAUUACCUGAGGCGGACCUAUACAUCCUCUCAAGAGUAUUGCAUGAUUUGCCUGAAGGGAAAUUAAACCAUCUUUUAAAGAAGGUCUCUGAAGCUUGCUGUCCAGGGAGGAGUGCCUUACUUGUUGCAGAGAUUGUCCUUGAUGAGGAUAAAAAGGAAUCAAGAGGUCUGCUGCAGUCUCUUAGUAUGAGUGAGGGCAAGCAAAGAAGUGGCACAGAAUACAAGAAGCUGCUGGAAAAUCAUGGAUUUAAUAGUGUGCAAAUUAAGAGCACUGGAAAUUUACUAGAUGCAAUCUUAGCUGUAAAAAGAUAAUUACCUGUUGAAUACAUGCAUUGAUGAAUUGUCAGCUAUGAUAUUUCACAUAACUGGAAUAUUUGUGCUGGUCUGAUUCAUGUAUUUUAUUCAGUACUUGAUUUUUGUAAAAGUUUUAAUAUUUGUAUCUGCAUAUAGAGUACAUAAAAAAACUUCUGCAUUAAUGUCAGAUAGUUUUACAUGCUACGGACACCUUUGACAUGGAAAAAAAUCAUUGUAAUUUACGUACUGUAUGUUAGCCAUUGCCAUGAGUAAAUAAAAAAAAUGGGCCUAUG